GUGGUGGCGUCCACAUUUCUUUAGCGAGGUGGGAUAUUGUCGUUCCACGUGGCUGUGUGUGCGGAAUUUUGGCGGUUGUCGUCAGUUCGCUAUCGUGGAUGGAAGAGGCGUCGGGGAUGGUUAUUGACGAAUUUGACGGCGAUGUCCGGGGUGGUGCAUUGGCGACAGAUGAGAGGACGGCUAUCGCUGUGGCCGUCAAUGUCGUCCUCUUUUGUUGUGAAGUGGAGAGAACCACGGGGAAGAUGAAAGCAGUUGUUCGUGCGCGACGGAAGGUGACGGCACUGCCAAGCAGUGGUGAAGGCUUGGACUUGGGUGCAGUUUCCGACGCCAUCCUCCAGGUGUGCUACAUGAUGGGGAGCGGCGCAUUUCCGAGGGUGACUCCAUGUUGGUGGAUGAAGCAGCGAACGGGAGGCAACUGGGAGGACCUGCGGCAAUGCGACGACGCCACCGACGAGUACUUUAGAGACAAGCUCCGAAUGUCGCCACGUGUUUUUCGCGAAAUCGCCGAAACGGUUUCUCCAUACCUGCAACAGCGUGUGACGUUUUACAGGGUGCCGUUGCAGCCUGACCACAUCGUGGCGUACGCUGUCUAUAGGUGGGCGUCGGGUGAGACAUACGACAGCGGAACGUGCAGCUUCGACAUCGGAAGGGCUUCUGGCAUCACGGCGGUGCGAGACGUUACCGCCGCCUUGCUUGCUGCGUACCCGGACAAGAUUUCAUGGCCCACUGGCUUGCAGAAGGCGGUCGUGUUGUGCGCGUUCGCAGACAAGGGAUUUCCAAAUUGCCAUGGGUGCAUUGACUGGACCCACAUCAACGUCGACAAACCCGCCAACGCAAACGGGGAGGACCACUGUGAUCGGAAGAGGCGAUUCUUUGUGUAGGCGCAAGUUGUGGUCGACAUGAAUUUGCGUGUACUAGACGUCUUCGUGGAUUACCCUGGCAGCGUGCAUAACAUGAGGAUGUUACAUCUGUCCACUUUGUGGGAGGGCGCGGAGUCUGGACAACUUUUCACUGGCCCGCAUGUCACGCUGCCAUUCGGUGUCUGAACGAAUGGAUACUUGCUCGGCGACAACGGCUAUCCCCAGUCGGUUUGAGGAGUCAGAGGAAAGGAGGAAAGAGUUGGAGUGAGGGUCUGAUGAGGAAGAUGAACGAGAGGAGAAUGAAGGCUUAGCUUUAAG